CGGCACGCUAUCUUGGCGUGGAAGAAGAAAGCCGCCAUCUUGGAUUGAGAGUUUUUGCAAAUCUAUGUACUUUACCGAUUAUGUGGUCAUAAAACCGGACAAUCAGUUUUAUUGUGGGUCAGAUGGUGACACCUCAUCACCAGAUCUACCACUGUUGACCAGGAGUAGGGAUCCAGGCGGUGUACUUUCUCGAAAUCGGCCGCAGAGACCCUGGACGGUAUCAGAUGAUUGGCUCUUACUCCCCGGAAGAACGACUUAUGACAGUCAGAACGGGGUUUCUCUUCAGUAUUAUUCAUUGUGACUUUAUCAUUUGAGAAGCUCCCUGUCAAAGCAGUUAUCUGCCAAGUAUUUACAUUCAGCAAUCCUGGAGAAUUGUCUGAAAUCUGCUGACCAUGUCUACAAAUAGAGCUCCCCUGCUGCAAACUGUACAUGAGUCUGUCACUGUUGAUCAUGGGAAAGAUGACAAUGCCAACCCACGGAUAUCAACAAGAACAAGGACAUCUGAAGAACCUCAUAUAGGCAAAUACCGCCUCAUUAAAACCAUUGGCAAAGGAAAUUUUGCAAAGGUGAAACUAGCAAAACAUGUGCCAACUGGAAGGGAGGUUGCCAUUAAAAUCAUUGACAAGACUCAGUUGAAUCCAUCAAGUCUUCAAAAGUUGUUUAGAGAGGUCAGAAUAAUGAAAAUGUUAGACCAUCCAGACAUAGUAAAACUCUUUGAAGUAAUAGAAACAGAAAAAACUCUCUACCUAGUUAUGGAAUAUGCAAGUGGAGGGGAGGUGUUUGACUAUCUAGUUGCACAUGGGAGAAUGAAGGAAAAAGAAGCAAGAGCAAAAUUUAGACAGAUUGUAUCUGCUGUUCAAUAUUGUCACCAAAAGCACAUAGUCCAUAGAGAUCUAAAGGCAGAAAAUCUUUUAUUAGAUGGUGACAUGAACAUAAAAAUUGCAGAUUUCGGAUUUAGCAAUGAAUUCACUCCAGGUAGCAAAUUGGACACAUUUUGUGGCAGUCCACCUUACGCAGCACCUGAACUUUUUCAAGGCAAAAAGUAUGAUGGUCCAGAGGUGGAUGUUUGGAGCUUAGGAGUAAUUUUAUAUACAUUAGUUAGUGGUUCAUUACCUUUUGAUGGACAAAAUUUAAAGGAGUUAAGAGAAAGAGUAUUACGAGGAAAAUACAGGAUACCAUUUUACAUGUCCACAGACUGUGAAAAUUUACUGAAGAAAUUUUUAGUUCUAAAUCCUGCAAAAAGAGCAAGUUUAGAGACUAUUAUGAAGGAUAGAUGGAUGAAUAUAGGCUGUGAAGAUGAUGAGCUCAAACCUUAUAUUGAACCUUCAGCAGAUUUUACAGACUCCAUUCGAAUAGGAAUUAUGCUAAAUAUGGGUUUCACAGAAAAAGAAAUCCAGGAGUCCUUAACACAGAACAAAUAUGAUGAUGUCACUGCUACGUACCUCUUGCUGGGCAGAAAAUGUUCAGAGCUUGAAAGUGACUCCAGGCAAGGUAGCAACAUAUCUUUAAGACAAAUGAAUGCUGCUCCAAGGCAAAAUAGUGAGAUUAAUGCAAAUUCUACAACCUCGCCGGCACAUAACAAGGUUACACGUAGUGUGUCUGCAACCAAUCAAAAACAGCGACGACCUAAUACCGACAACCCAGGUAGGGAAAAGAAAAAAACAACAGGUAUUAGUGGAAGUAGUACCGUGCCUCAUAAACGGACACCCAAUGCUAUAGAUGGAAUGAAAGAAAACAUAAUCAACACAGGACGUCCAAAGACAGGACCUGCAAGUGCAGAAACACCACACAGAGAAGGCAAGGUGGGUUCUAGUCCAAGCACAGCCAGGUCUUCGAUGAAGAAACCUGGCCCACCUGGAUCAGCCAACAAAAAUAGCACCUUAACAAGCAUUACUCGAAGAAACACAUUUGGCUAUGGUGACAACAAGUUACCUGGUCCUGGCAGGGAACACCCUCCACGAGAGAACUCAUCAGCAAGGGGAAGAACCUUGCCCAAUACUGGGAUUCCCCCUGGUGGUGGUGACCGAUCUUCUGUGCGCCAAAAACAAGGUCAUGUGAAGUCUGCUAGUACCUCUCAGGCUGUAAGGACAGACUUACCACCUCUGGCUUCUAAAGAAAUGAUGGACAGAAGACCUGAGACUGCCCCAGGAAAAGGGGGCAUGACACCUUCACCAGUUUCGCAGAACACGCAUUUCCCAAGACGCAACCCCACUAGGAGUACAUUCCAUGGUAGUGAAGCCCGAACAAGGCGGACUGGGGCAAACUAUGAUGGUCCUGGUGGCAUGUCGCCCCUUGCCCAAGAUUCUUUGGCCAUGGGGAACCCAUCCAGGUUGUCUUUCUUCAACAAAAUUACUUCAAAGUUUAGUAGAAGCAAAUUGUUCCGCAGGUCGAUGCACGAGCGCGAUGGUGAGGUCAAGCCAAGGUCACUACGGUUUACCUGGAGCAUGAAAACUACCAGCUCAAUGGAUCCAAAUGAGAUGAUGAAAGAAAUCCGCAAGGUGCUAGAUGCCAAUAACUGCGAUUAUGAACAACGAGAAAAGUUUUUGCUCCUGUGUGUACAUGGAGAUCCUAACACAGAUAGUCUAGUGCAAUGGGAGAUGGAAGUGUGCAAGCUGCCAAGGUUAUCACUCAAUGGUGUACGCUUCAAAAGAAUAUCAGGAACUUCCAUUGGAUUCAAAAAUAUUGCUUCAAAAAUUGCAAAUGAACUCAAGUUGUGAUACCAGCCCCAUCAUCUGGACCUCUUUAUGAGCAUAGCAGCAGCAUUGUUGAUGUAAUUUUUAUCACAUUCACAGUGCAAGUGAAUUGGAUGACAGACAAGAAAUAUGUGAAUGUCUAUUGUAUUUUAUACACAGCCAUUGUAUAAAUGUAAAAAGAUAGAAAAAAAAGCGUGAAAAAAAAUGUAUAGUAACUCACAUUAACCACUAAGUCAUCACACUUCGAUGAAACACAUGCUUCCAUCCUUAUUCUAUAACAUUGGAAGGCAAAUGAUGGGGUUGUGUUUACUGUAAUUUUGUGACUCUAGGUCUUCAAGAUAACACAGAAUACCAGGUUGUCAUAUAAAUCCUUGCCAUCUGAAUUCCUUAGGACUUUGAUGAAAUGUUGAAGGGAAAAUGGUAUCAUCAGGGAGAUGUUCAUGAGAUACAAAUGAAAGGUUCUAGUAAUGUCACUUUGCAAAUAUAAUCAAACAACAUGUACAUGUUUUGUGAAGUUUGAAUGAAAUGGAGCUUCAAGUGUUAACAAUGCCAAGGCUGUAGCCAUUGUUGAAAGCAUGCAGCCAACUGUUGUUUUUAACCUUAAUACCUGCCAUGUUUUGUGUAUGCCACAUUCUACGCACAGCAAUGGCUGCAGCAUUUGGCUUUCUGCUAGUGCAUAGCUUCACCAGUAUGGAUUGCUUCUUGCAAACAAAAGCUUGAUGUCCUCAUUUAAUUGGGUUUCAGAAUGGUGAGAAGUUGUUAACAAAUGCAAAACUUGUUUCAUCUUUGAGUUUAUUCUGUGUUCAUGAGGAGAUGCUGCACUUUGAUGUGAUCACAUGAAUUUUUUUUAUUGCCAAGAUCUGGAAAAUGGCAUGUGACCUUUCAUUCUUGGGCAGCGUAAGGGGUUGAUUACUUGGGAAAUUCUCAAAUAAGAGAUUUUGCCAGUAGUUGUUUGUAACAUGCCAUUGGAAAUCAUGGUUAAAUUGUUCCUUAGCCCUCUUAGUGAAGCAUCAACUUUUAUGAAAAUAACUUUUCUGUACAGGCCAUUACCAAACUAAUGGUUUAAUUUCAGGACCAAGAGUCCUAAGGAACGUGACAGGAAAGUUGUCGUCAAAUAAUGGACUUUAAAAAAAAAAGAGACAUGUAGGUGAAAAUGCUCUGCUAUGUGCAAAAUCCAUUUUGUUAUUAAUUGUAAUUGUGAGUUAACAUCUCUGCAAUUAGAGAGAAGUGCAAUACAGCAUUGGACAUGCAUGGCUCAUGUGAAGAAAUCACCAUUGUACACGGGGACAUUUGUAUAUCAGUUCAUGGUCAUUCUUAUGUCUGUCCUUCAAGACUUGUCAUAAAAAUGUGAAACUGGCGUGUUUUAGUUGCAAGGUUGUGAAGGAUUCAGAUUUUAAAUGAAACUAGAGAGGACAAUUUAUUGAACUUUCUUGCAUCUGUCAGAUGCAGGUAUUGGUCCGGUUGGUGGUUUGGGAGAAAUUAUCCCAAUCUUCCAGUGUGUUUCCUAUAUGAAAUGAUUAUUCAUGGGAGUUCAGAUUGUUUUAAAUUUAAAUGUCAUUAUUUGAACACUAAGAGGGAUUAGUGAAUCCAAAUCCUUCACAGUAAGUAGCAUGCACAGUUUGUGUAAAUAUUAUUCUGUACAGGUUAAUUCUAUAUUUAAAGUAUACUGCAUGCUGCAUUAUUACAUUUUAAUGAAAUAAUAAGGUGCUGAAAUGCAAGUGUACCUAUCAUGUGUGGGUAAAUUCAAAGAUCUCCUUGAGCAUUUGUUGAUAAAUUUAUUGGGCAAGGUGCACAAAGUAGAUUUCUUAAACUUAAUAUAUCUAUGUGAUACUAAUUUAAGGCAGUUCUUUGACCAUUUCUGCAGUACUCUUCGAGUUUGCCCUCCCUGAAUAAGUUCGUUGACCUUUGACUGUGCUGUGUAAAACACUGGCAGCUAGCAAGGGCUGAAUAUGUUGACUUUAACAAAUUAAAGUGUACUGUCCUAAAUGAAAUCUCAGAUGGUGUGUACAUACUUCAUUAAGUAUCAGAAAAUGCAAUGAAUUACUAAUUUAUGGAGGCAGUAUUUGUACUAAAAAACAAAAAACAGCCAGCCACUGUAUAUUUCUGUUAAAAUUUUAGUAACUAGUAAAUGAAAUAUAUGUAUGAAGUACAUUGUGUUUGCUGUUGGUUUUCAUCAGAUUCUUGUCAAGUUAUCCAAAGGUAUCUGGUAUUCCAUUUCAUCAAAGGGAUAAAUGCAUUAACACAUGCCCACAUAUUGAUAUAAUAAUCCAAUUUUAUUAUUCGUAUAAUUUUACACAAAGGUAUAAAUGGUUUCAUGUAAUAUAAUUGAAUUUCAGCAUAAGUCGUAUUUGCAUAAAAAUGGAAUAUGUGUAAUAAGUACAGAAAAAAGUUUAAAAUGUGUGUGAAGCAUGCUAGUGUAAAUUUUUGUCAUUUUAAGAAAGCUUACAGCAGAUUGCUCAAAAGAUUAUUCUACCUAGUGUAACAUACUAUCACAGUUUUGAAUAUCCUCACUGCAACUUAAUAAUUUUUGGGUAAAAAACUUGGUAUCCAGUUGCAAAAA